UUAAUUUCCUUUAAUUUUGUUGUGAAACAUUUUUAGUCCAUCACCAUCUUUUACUAAAUCAAGUCAAUUCUUCUUCAACCCACAACUUGUUUUAGAAGCCGCCUAAAAAAACAUCAUUAGACGACAAAACAAAAAACUUAACACUUUCUCUUUCCUCUUCUACCUUUCAAACGUAUGUGUCUGCUCUAAAAACCUUUCGCCAUUUUCUCAUUAUUUUAACUUUCAAUUUUUUCUCAAAUUAUUCAAAAUCGUAUUAUCUUUUGAUACAAUUAACAAAGCAUAUCAUCUCGUUUCCUUGACUUUCCAUUCUGAAUGGAGAGAGAAGGAAACGAUUGUGAUUUGGGAGGUGAAAAAUCUCUCCCAACUGCAUUUUUGGAUGGUAAAGCAUCCAUUUUUAACUCAACCCUUUUGUUGGAUCAUGUUGGAGAGGUUAUUCUUACCUUAUCUUCAGAUGGGUUGUCUUGGCAAUCGUUGGAGCCGGCGGAAAAUGAUGUUUCAUAUUGUUUAGGCUUUAAAUAUGUUCCCAAGAUUCCUAAUGAGAUCAAACUUUCGGACAUAUAUGCUGUUGAGUUGAUCGAUAACAGUUUGUUUCAUAUGUCAAAUCUCCCUCGUUCCACUGAACCUGCACUUUUGGUUCAUGACAUAAAGAUCUACCACUUUAUUGUGCAUGGUUUUAUAAGGAGCAACAAACAACCUUCACAGUGGAUCCUCACCGAAUAUACUUUUGGUCAUAAAAAUUUGCAAACAUGUGAAAUGUGGGUAAAUCAACUUCAUUCAUGUUUGAAGCUUCAAGUUGAAAGACCACGAAAUCUUCUGGUUUUUGUUCAUCCAAGGAGUGGGAAAAGUAAUGGCUGUAGAAACUGGGAAUCUGUGGCUCCUAUAUUCUCACGCGCUAAAGUAGAAACAAAGGUGAUUGUGACCGAGAGAGCAGGACAAGCAUUUGAUAUGAUGUCAUCUAUGACAAAUAAGGAGCUUAGCUCGUAUGAUGGUGUUAUAGCCGUUGGUGGUGAUGGAUUUUUCAAUGAAAUCCUUAAUGGGUUUCUUUCUCCCAGGCUUAAAGCUCCCUACCCACCAACUCCUCCAGAUUUUGCUCAUUUGGCUAAAGAUAAAGGUGAUUCCUUGAUUGGCGGUGAGAAUGAAAUAUUAGAAGAGACUUCAAAUCAAAGUGAGGACCAGCUUCCUCUGAUUUCAAGUCCAGACCAAUCUCAGUAUAGACUAACAAAUUUGAAUUCUGAAGAUAAGGCUCCUGAGUUUCCUGUUCCUAAUCAAUGGUUUAGAUUUGGGAUCAUUCCUUCAGGUUCAACCGAUGCCAUUGUGAUAUGUACAACUGGAACUCGAGAUCCUAUAACUUCUGCAUUGCAUAUUGUCCUUGGUAAAAGGGUGCACCUUGACAUAGCUCAAGUUGUGCGAUGGAAAAAAACUGCUAGAUCCGAGGUUGAACCUCUUGUGCGCUAUGCAGCUUCCUUUUCAGGGUAUGGAUUUUAUGGUGAUGUUAUCACAGAGAGUGAGAAGUAUCGCUGGAUGGGUCCCAAACGUUACGAUUAUGCUGGAACUAUGGUAUUUUUAAGGCACAGGUCAUAUGAGGCAGAAAUAUCAUACCUAGAUGUUGAACCAGAGGAAACCAAUCUGACUUCCAAAAGGAAUCGGCAAAGUAGCCUGUUUAGGGGAUCAAAAGCUCCACGCAAAUCAGAAAGAUGUAUCUGCCGUAUUAAUUGUGAAGUUUGUAACGAAAAGCCAGAGAAUGCAGCCACUGAAAUCUGCAGCCUAACACCUCAUUUAUAUUCAGAUAAGAAAAGAUGGGCGAAAACCAAAGGACGGUUUAUUAGUGUUGGAGCUGCGGUAAUCUCUUGUAGAAAUGAAAAAGCACCUGAUGGUUUGGUUGCUGAUGCACACCUUUCAGAUGGUUUCCUUCAUCUCAUAAUGAUUAAAGAAUGUCCUCAUGCUUCUUAUUUAUGGCACCUAACUCAACUUACAAGAAAAGGGGGAAGCCCUUUGAAUUUUAAGUUUGUUGAACAUCACAAGACCCCUGCAUUUACUUUCACUUCUUCUGGCAAUGAGAGUGUAUGGAAUGUCGAUGGUGAGAUGUUUCAGGCACACCAACUCUCUGCUCAAGUGUUCCGCGGUCUCGUAUGCAUGUUUGCAACUGGCCCUGAAGUUUGAAUGUGUUUUGGCCGUGGUAUUAAAUGGAACAAUGAUAAAGCUUAUUUAGCACCAACUACCUAGAACUUUUGUGUGUAUAUAUAUAAAUGUAUACAUCUGUAGCAAUGCCUAAAUUUUCCAUUAAGUGGAAGAUUUGGAGGACCUCUAUAGCCAUGUUUAGGACUUGUAGGCAUGGAGGGAAAACUUUGCUACAUUUGAGUAUGUAUAUUUAAUCAUUGGUUCAUGAUGAUUUUAUGUUUUUAUAAGAUGAAUUCUUAUAUCAUGAGGAUCAAGUGCAAGUCACCUUAAUAUUGGGUCAGGGUGGGAGCAUGUGAUCUUUUAUAUAUGUAGAAAAGUCAUAAUAUAUGUAACUGAUGCUGUAUUUUUAAUGAAUACAUACAGAUGACAACUAGCAAGUUAAUGCA